AUGCGUAUCGUCGUGAACUACCUCAGCAAUGAGGACGCCGCCGCCGAGGUGGUCAAGCGCGUCGAGGAAGCGGGUUCGCAGGCAGUGGCGCUCCAGGGCAACGUGACCAAGGGCGACGACGUCGAGCGCAUGUUCACACAGACGGCGGAAGCCUUUGGCCCCGUGGAAGUCCUGGUGAACAACGCCGGCAUCAUCAGGGACUCGCUCCUCAUGCGCAUGUCCGACGAAGACUGGGACAGCGUUGUAGACCUGGACCUGCGCAGCGUGUUCCUCUGCACCCGCGCGGGAAUCCGCACAAUGAUACGGGGCCGGUGGGGCGCGUGA